ACUGGCUUCUUCCAGUCUUGCUCCCGUCAGCAAAGAGGAUUUUGCAAAGCCUCAAGAUGUGUGACCAGCAGAAGCAGCUGCAGUUCCCUUCAUCAUGUGUGAAAGGUUCAGGACUGGGGGCUGUACAAAGUACCAAAAGUACCUCUGUGAAAUGCCCAGUUCCAUGCCCGACUCAAACCUAUGUGAAAUGUCCAGCUCCAUGCCAGACUCAAACCUACGUGAAGUGCCCAGCUCCAUGCCAGACUCAAACCUACGUGAAGUGCCCAGCUCCAUGCCAGACUCAAACCUACGUGAAAUGUCCAGUUCCAUGCCCAACUCAAACCUACGUGAAAUGUCCAGUUCCAUGCCCAACUCAAACCUGCGUGAAAUGCCCAGCUCCAUGCCAGACUCAAACCUACGUGAAAUGUCCAGCUCCAUGCCCAACUCAAACCUACGUGAAAUGCCAAGUUCCAUGCCAGACUCAAACCUGCGUGAAAUGUGCAACUCCUUGUCAGACGUAUGUGAAGUGCCCAGUUCCGUGCCAGACGACCUAUGUAAAAUGUCCAGCUCCAUGCCAGACCCAGACAUGCUAUGUCCAGUGCCCUUCUCCUUGCCAGACCUACUACGUUCAGGCCCCCACAAGUGGCUCGGUUGCACAGGACUGUGUCCCUAAUCCGUGUUCUGCUCCCUGUUCUACUAGCUACUGCUGCCUGGCUCCCCGGACCUUCGGGGUGAGUCCUCUGAGACGCUGGGUCCAACAGCCCCAAGACUGCAACUCAGGCUCCUCUGGCUGCUAUGAGGAUUCCGGGUGCUGCUGGUUGGGAAUUAUUCCCAUGAGUUCCCGUGGUCCUGCAUGCUGUGAUUCUGAGGAAGACUGCUGCUAAGUACAGAACAGCCCUGCUCAAGAAUUCACUGCCCUGCUCUACCUUCCGGCACAUUCAUCUGCCUCUGGCCCCCUCCCUGUAUUCCCAGUGAUAUAGAACCUCCUUGCUUCACCUCUGUACUUUGCUUCUUUAUUAAGGCAGCCUGCCAGAGUUAGUGCAACCCCCAAACUUUGGCAAGAAUAAAGCUCUGAAUGCAAUGUACAGUGA